AUGUCACGGUUUAGAUCAUUGUGGCAAGCCUCGGUGAAUGUAACAAAGAAAGCUCUAACGUGGGAGCUCGAAGAAUGGGUACCGCCUGUGGAGAAGUGUAUAUUCCAGUUCAAUUCAAAAGAAGACCUGAAGGCAUGGCACCUGUAUUCUGAUUCUGAAUAUGGAGGAUUGUCUUCGGCUUCGUUGGAGAUUAAAGAUGGAGGAAGUGGAUCAGAUUGCACUGGUGUUUUCUCCGGGAACCUCUCUACGGAGAUGAGCGAAGGUUCAAAAUGGAAUAUCAGUCGGAGUGGUUUCUGUGGAAUGCGGUCAAAGAAGUUUGAUGGGUUUAUUGAUCUUGAUGGGUAUGAUUCCAUAGCCCUGAGGCUCAAAGGAGAUGGAAGAUGCUAUAUCUCUACUAUAUAUACCGAGAAUUGGGUAAACUCGCCAGGACAAGCAGAAGAUAACUCAUGGCAAGCUUUUGUUUUUGCUCCAAAAGGAAACUGGUAUACAGCUAAGGUUCCUCUUGCUCGCUACUUACCAACAUGGAAAGGAAAUGUGAUAGAUGCAGAAAUGGAGAUGAAUCCAGGUCGUGUUGUUGGUAUGUCUCUCUCUGUGAAUUCACAAGGAAGUGGUUUUAUCGGAGCUAAAUUAGGCGCAGGAGAUUUCCGAGUCGAAAUUGACUCGAUCAAAGCAAUUAGAAUGCCAUGA